ACUCUGCGCAUGCGCAUUGAGUCCGAAGGCCGCUUCAGAGAUGAGCAGCGGCGGCAGUCCUGCGAGCGCGACUCCGAGCCCAAACAAAACCGGCGAGUCUCCGUUUUCCGGUGGCAGCAGCAAGAAGCGGGAUUCGUUGGGGUCGGCGUCAUCCCAGCCUAUUUUAAAAGAUGUUGGAGAAAUAUAUUCACGACUUUUGGAUCACAGACCAGUUAUUCAAGGAGAAAUUCGCUAUUUCAUUAAAGAAUUUGAAGAAAAACGUGGUCUCCGGGAAGUACGGGUUCUUGAAAACUUAAAGAGCACUGUUUUUGAGGCAAAUGAUCAAACUCUGCCAAAGUGUGAAGAAGUAAUGCAUGAAAAUCUAAAUGAAGCCCUCAGGAGAUUACAGAUAGCAAAUGAAAUGAUCAACCGACUGCAGCAGAGAGAGCAGGAAGAAAGACAGCUUCAGAUUGAAAAACUCAUGGCAGACGAAACUCAACGUAGAGAACUGUGGGAGGAAUUCAUGAAGGAACAGCAGAACAUAAAAGCAGUUGUGGAUGAAGAACACACAAAAGCCAUGGAGCGCCUUAAAGAACAAUAUUCUGCAAUGGAAAAAGACUUGGCCAAACGUACUAUUUAAAAAGAACUCAUUCACAAUGAGAAUGUUGUUCAUUUACAGUAUUGUUGUCUUAUUCUCAUAAUAUUCCAAUCUUUCCCAAUUCCUGGGUGGCUGGAGUUCAUGCACUAUACCAGGAAUAGCAAAAACAAAACACCUGGGUGGCUAUUAUAAUUUACCUCUUGCACUGAAUAAUCAUGUUCUAUGUAAUUUAAGAAAACCCAGAGUAUUUUGGAGUCAAAAUACUGUUAUUCUUUAGCAAACUAGACUAGCACCCAUUUCUUGCUUUGUGCACUCAUCUUCUUCAUGCAGGUCAUUCAAAUAACAUUCAGACUACUUUUUCCCAAAGAGCACAAAUUUUUGGUGAUGGGCUUGUUGGUUUACAGCAGGACUGUAGCUGUGUAGUCCCACAAAGCUGUGGAAAAAUAAUGCUCUGAAGUUUUUGAACAAAUUCUUGAUGCUGGUAAAGUUGUCAGCUUAGUAUCCUUUAGAAAGAAGUUAUCAUUCCAGAUUAUAUGUUUUGACAAAAUAAAAUCAUGAAAAUGAGUGGACUGCCAACCUAUUUCUCAAAUAUUAUUUAACUGCCAUCUAGAUAUUUGUCCUGCUGGCGGUUCAUUGUAUACAGAAUAACAGUCUUGUUUGGUCUGUUAAAUAAAUUUUGUUGGGCACUGUGUCUAAACUUGUAUCCGUGACAGUACUUAAUGUUAAAUUGCCUACUUUCUGUUACUGUGGCAGAUUAAAUAGUUUUCAAUCGAAAGGAAGAGCUUUACAUAUCAGAAGUUUAAAUAUUAACAUAAUAAAAAGAAGUUUUUUGAUUA